AUGUCAACAGUAAUUGUAUCAAACGUUCCACAAUCAAUUUCAAAUGAAAAACUCCACGAAUUCUUCUCAUUCUGUGGAAAAGUGAAGUCAAUCAAUUUGAUUGAAAAAACGGAAAAAACUGGAAAAUAUGAAGUUCAAUUCGAACUGGAAAAGGCAUUGCAUACCGCAUUAUUAUUAAAUGAAGCAGAAUUGGAUUCUGUUCCAAUUCAGGUUGAAAAGUCAGAAACUCCUCCUGAUUAUGCUGCGGUUGGUAACCAAAAUGCAUCCUUUGGGGGUGAUAAUAAGAUUCAGAGCUCGGUUUUAGCUUCAGGGGAUAAUAAGGAUGCAGAUGCAUCUACCGUGACGGGAGAUAGCGAAUACGAUGAUAUUUCCCAAGAAGAGAAGCCUAAAUAUGCUAUAAUGGCUCAAUUAUUGGCUUCCGGUUAUACUUUGUCUGAUAAUUUGAUACAAAAGGGAAUUGAUGUUGAUAAGGAAAAGGGAUACACUUCUAAGUUCAAGUCAUUUUUGACUUCGUUAGAUGAAAAAUACAUACACUCUAAUAAGCCAGAUUCGGCUGCAGGCAAGGGAAUUUCCAAGGCUCAAUCUACAUUUGGUGACUUAGCGAAAUCCUUCAAUGAAUCUGGGUACCAAAAGAAAUGGAAUCAAUAUUUAGAAAAAGCUUCUAAUCAUCCUUAUGGUGUGAAGGUGCAUGAUUUCUACAAAAAUUUGGCUGAAGAUGCCAAAGAAGUACAUCUUGAAGCCAAGAGAUUAAGUGAAUUGAAGAAGGAGAGAGAACUAGAACAAAAUGUUGAAAACGCGGCAUCAACUGCCAAUGCAGGAGCUGCCAUUAACACUGUUAAUGAGUAG